AUAUAUAGGCGUGGCUCUAGUGAUUCGACAUCACCUCACCCGGCGUGAACGACUGCGACUAAGCUAGAUGGUGGUUCGAGUUGGCAGCUAACGUUUGGGAUUUACACUUCCAAAGGAAGAGAUUUUUAUCUCGUCGCUGAGCCACAACGCACCAACAUGGCUCUUUACGAAUACGUAACUCAGGAGCAGCUCGUGGGCUUUGACAAAUACAAGUACAGCGCUGUGGACACAAAUCCCCUGUCGGUCUACAUUAUGCAUCCUUUCUGGAACUUCUUGGUGAAGUUUCUUCCGACGUGGCUGGCUCCAAACCUCAUAACAUUCACAGGUUUUAUGUUCCUCGUCUUGAACUUCCUCAUGUUGGCCUUCUACGACUUCAGCUUCAACGCCUCUUCUGCGGGACACGAACACGUGCCCAGCUGGGUCUGGGUUGCUGCAGGGAUCUUCAACUUCUUAGCCUACACACUCGAUGGAGUAGAUGGGAAACAGGCACGCCGCACUAACUCCUCCACACCACUAGGGGAGUUGUUUGACCACGGCCUGGACAGCUGGGCAUGCGUGUUUUUCGUGGCCACCGUGUACUCCAUAUUUGGGCGAGGGCCUAGCGGUGUGAGCGUGGUCACGCUCUACUACAUCCUGUGGGUGGUGCUGUUCUCCUUCAUCCUGUCUCACUGGGAGAAAUACAACACUGGGAUCCUGUUCCUGCCCUGGGGAUAUGACAUGAGCCAAGUGACCAUCUCCCUGGUGUACCUGGUCACUGCUGUGGUCGGUGUGGAGACCUGGUACCAGCCGGUCUUCUGGACACUCCUUUACAGAGACCUCUUCACGUUUAUGAUCAUCGCGUGUUCCUUUACCGUGACGUUACCCAUGAGCCUCUACAACGUCCUGAAGGCUCACCGGAGUAACACUCUGAAGCACAGCAGCCUGUACGAAGCGUUCCUUCCUUUCCUUUCUCCCGUCCUUCUCUUCAUCUUGUCCACCGCUUGGGUCGUCUUCUCUCCAUCCAACAUCCUAGAGCUGCAGCCCCGGGUCUACUACCUCAUGGUGGGAACAGCGUUUGCCAACGUCACUUGUAAGCUGAUUGUGUGUCAGAUGAGUAACACGCGCUGCCAGCCGCUGAGCUGGCUGCUGCUGCCCAUGACCGCUGUGGUGCUGUCAGCCGUGACGGGAGUUCUCACCGACGAGACCAUGCUGCUGUAUCUGUGGACGGCAGCUGUCGUCUUCGCUCACGUACACUACGGCAUAUCAGUGGUCCAGCAGCUCAGCGGUCAUUUCCACAUCUUGGCCUUCUCCCUGACAAAGCCGAACUGCAACUGACCGGAGGAGGAACGAAUCGGCCUGACAGCAGCGGAGGUCUAAUCUGCUCCGCUCUUCGAAUUACCGACACUUCACUCAUCACCUUGGAAACCCGCUCCCUCUCUCCUUCCUCCAUCCACAAGUGGAACGGACACUUGUCCUCAUUUCAGACACACACACACACAUAACGCACGCGCACACACACUCACACACACACAUGCACAUUCCCAAAGCAGCUGAUCAAACUCUGUUCUCAGCGAUUGGGGCGGGCCCUGAGGCUCGGGCUUCCGGUCACUGGUGAUUGGCCGACUCAGUCGUGCCAAUGAGGUGAAAUUGUUUCCUACGGAAAUGUGCUUCCGUCGUAAGGACAGGAGCCCGGACGAGCCACGAAAGGACAAACACGUUUGUUCUUCUGUCUUUGUGACAUCCCCCCAUCAUCAAGCGAAUCCCCCCAGUUCUAGCCUCAUCUCCCAAAUCUUAAAUCCAUCAGUUUGUUGAGUCAGGAGUUGCCAAAUUAAAAAGUCUCCUCUCCCAAGGUCAAAAUGUCUCCCUGUCCUGAAAAAGCUGGAUGCUCACACACACUCAGACAGACCCUGCUCUAACUGUGGCAGGUAUUUACAUGUGAGCAGCCACGGACAUGACGCACUUUUAACCUCAUGUAGUUUUAUGGAUGUAUCAUAAACUGUUUCCAAGAUCGGGAAUAUCAAACACAACCAAACUUGGGGAUCCUGGCCGCUGUGGCCGGCUGUUAAAGGUUAAGUCUUCUUUCGUAAAACUUUAGUUGAAAUUGGUCAUCUCUGUAAUGAAAUCAUUAACUACUGCGUGUGUGUUGAGGAUUUGUUAUGACUUAAUCUCCACCUAAUUUACUCAUUAACUCCUUUUUCAAGGCUGGGUCCUGCCACCGUCGGAGCUGAUUACUAUACUAACUGGGCAGUGAUCGAUCAGGGUGACCCUUACCUCCAUCUGAGCCCUGACCUCCCGGAUCACCCUUCCUCCUGAGGUGUCGUGUUCUCAUGCUGAUUCGUUUCUUUGUGUUUCGAUGUACUUAUAAGUUCAUCUUGGGCGGCACGGCUGGUUGAGGUUUUACAGCGCUUGAAUGAAGAGUGCGUCCAAAAACCAGAACUGGAGCGGACUCACUCUGAGGCAACGAGCUAUCGCACAAGACGGCGCACAACUUCACCGCCGACCGCCUGAUAUCAUCACUUUUUUAAUAUUUCUACUGAAGUUUGUGAUCUGUCUGUGUGAUUGACGCAUGGUGGUGGACAUUCUUUCAUGGUUUCAGCAGCCGGUUCCUCAAAGCGAAGUGAAAUGAGCCGAAUCGGGAAUCAUUUCAAAACUCUUUUACCUCAUUUCAAAACUAAACCGUUCUAUGUUUGUAUCUGUCGGAGCUGUUCUGUUUGCACCGUUGGAUUUGUUUGUUCUCGACAAGAGUUUAGGUGAAACCUGUGAGCUGUUAAUGAUGGACCUAAUUUCAGGUUUUAAAGGGUAAUUUCAGCACGCUUUGAUGAAUUGUUUUAUGUAAAAGUCACAAACCAGCUUCUUUAAUUUGAGAAAUAGAGUUGGCAUCCAUCAGGAUUGAUGAGCUAACGGCUAGCCUGAGUGAAACAGUGGAUUUUUUUAUCUUAAAAUAGUUAAAAUCUCAAAUGUUGUAAUGAUUCAUGCAGCAUUGGUUUACAAAUGUUUACACCAGUUUCUUGUUUCUGACUUGACGUGUGAAUGGUGCUGAUGGUGAACACCGAUUCUGGUUUUGAGAGCAGAUACUGAUUUCCGGUUCUUUUACAGCUCUGGACUUCCUGUAAUGAUUAAAAAAACAGAUUUUCUUCCUGAACUUAAAGUGAUGAUGAAAAAUCUGUUGUUGCUACGUGAACUAGCAAAGCUGAGUUCAUGGAUUGGAAUUAUGUGGGUUGAGUGGCCAAUGACGGAUUGUGGUGAACUGCUGCUUUUUGGUUUUCGUGCAACUCUAAUGUUUACUCUUCUUAAUGACUAUUAAAUGGGAAAUUAAUGACAUUAAGGUUUAAGAGAUAGCCUUCGACCAUAUGCUUUGGUUUUGGACUAGCUGUUAGCUCAUCAGUCUUGAGGGAUGUAAAAGCUAUUUCUCUGAACAGAGGUUGUUCAGACACAAAGUGGCUGAAAAUGCCUUUAAAUGUUGACUGAAACCAAAACCAUUGGACAUUCACUACAAAGAUUGUGGUGGUACGAAAUUAAAGGUCAUAUAGGAAACAUUAGAGACACACGGUUUGGUUUUCAUUCUGUAAAUAGAACCUGUUAUCGAGCAACAAAGAACAUUUAGUGUCCCUGAUAUUCUGGGACCAACAGAAGCGUCUACGACUGCCAUUAAAAAGCUAGAUCAUCGUGCCGCCGAACUGCAACUUGGGAUGUUUCUCUUGUAAUAGAUAAUAAUAGUGAGAUGACUUUUAUUUCCCCCUCAAGUGUGACUUUGGACUCUGAAUGUGACGUAACAUCUCUGGUUGUGGUCUGACCUGUGCAGAAUGAUUGUAUGUUGUGUAAAUGCAUGUCUUAUCUUUUUUAAUUUGUUUACUUUUUAAACUAUAAAAAAAGUGUUUUCCUGUGAAAUCAAUCAGCAUGUACGCCCAUCUGUUAUUUCAUGUAAAAUAUGAAUUCUGCCUCUUUUUUAUUUUAUUUUUUGUGUUUGCUCGAUUGAACUCCAGGUUCUUUCAGUGGGGCUGUAAAAACACUACAAGAGAGAGUAAAGUUGUACAUCGCCCAGGAGAGAACAGUCGUGCCAUUUAGAGAAACGAGUUUGUUCUUUUAAAUGAUAAAAAAAGUUCCUAGUUUCUUUAGAAGCCAUUUUGUUCUAAUAUUGUUUUAAGUAUUAACUUUCCCUCCAAAUUGGUGAACUUGAUUGCAAUUGGCUGCUCUGGGACAUACUCCAGAGCUUCUGUGUGACUGUUUGUGGCAUUGUAUUUAACAAGAUUGUCAUAACAAUAAAAAAAAACUUUUCUUAAA